UUUUAUGUGUUUCCUUCUCCCACUAAUUUCGAAAAUGGAGUGCUUGGAUGUGCUGCCCUGGUUUUUUUAAGAAGCUCCAUUUUCCUUUAUGAUCUCGUAUUCCUCUCGCCAGCGCUAGGUUGGCGGGGCAGUUGUGAACCUGCUCCUGGUGCUUCUGCUCGCCGCGGUCGAGAUCAGAUCUGUGCCAUUCGUGGCAUUGUAUUCUUCCUCUGGCCUUUCUCUUCCCUUCCAUGCCGCCAUAGGAGCCUCUCAGCUCGCCUGAGUUCAAAGGUUAUCGGUGGUGCUUUUUCCAAGAGUCAUCUGCAGGUGUUUUCUUUGUUUGUUUCUCUUUCAAGAGCCUCUUAGUAUCAUUUGGCUCUGGCAUUUGUGAGAUGCAUCUUUUUCUUGAUUUUGCUCACGUGCUGCAUUAUCGAGAAGCUUCUUGAGGUUGAAGGGUGCGUGUUUUUUUUUUUUUUUUGGAGAUAUUUCAUGAGUCAAGGAGGUGGUGGUGGCGGCUCUCCACCAGAUUCGGCUCGUUAUGCUCCUUUUGACUCUAUAACUAGCAGUUUUCACAUGAAAUCUGUGACCAUGGCCUCAUCUUCUUCUCAAUCUCUGGCUACUGGAGCCUCAGAAUCUGGCAUUGGCGACACUGUGUCCACCGAUGAGAAGCGGUUCAGCCAGGACAUUAGUAGGAUGCCAGAUUUCCCUGCUCGGAAUAUAAGUCACAGACGUGCUCAGUCGGAGAUUAUUAGCCUCCCAGAUGAUAUCAGUUUUGACAGUGACCUCGGGGUUGUUGGCUGCAUGGAUGGCCCAGCACUUUUUGAUGAUACUGAGGAAGAUCUCUUCUCAAUGUACAUUGAUCUUGAAAAGUUCAAUACAUCUGCUGGAACUUCAGAGGAGGUCUUACAACUGGGUGAUCCUUCAGGCGCCACAGCUCCUCCUGCCCCUCAACAACACACUGGGAACCUGGCAUCAACUUUGACUGAUAAACCAAAGUUUAGGCAUCAUCAUAGUCACUCUUUGGAUGGUUCCGCUUCAGUAAAAUCAGAGCUUUUAGAAUCUGGCUUGGAGCAUGCAGACACAAAGAAAGCUAUGUCAGCUGCCAAGCUUGCUGAUCUUGCCCUUGUAGAUCCAAAGCGAGCUAAGAGAAUUUGGGCAAAUCGGCAGUCUGCGGCUAGAUCGAAGGAAAGGAAGAUGCGUUACAUUGCAGAGCUUGAGCGAAAAGUUAAGACACUUCAAACAGAAGCAACCACACUGUCAGCUCAGUUGAACAUGCUACAGAGGGACACCAAUGGGUUGAGUGCUGAAAAUAGUGAGUUGAAGCUACGUUUACAAACCAUUGAACAACAGGUCCACCUGCAAGAUGCAGUAAAUGACGCAAUGCGUGAGGAAGUGCAGAUUUUGAAAUUAGUCACCGGACAGAUGACACCAAAUGCAUCAAUGAUGAACUUUGAGCCAUCUUUUGGAGCCAAUCUGCAAUUAUAUAACCAUAAUCAGUCAAUGCAAUCUCUUAUAGCAGCUCACCAACUUCAGCAGCUCCAAAUCCAUUCCCAGCAUCAGCAGCAGUUCCAUCCACGCCAGCAGCAGCAACAGCAACAGCAGCCGCUUCCUGCAGAAGUCAGGAUGAAAGGAACAAUGGUGUCUCAGACCUCAAGAGAGGGCAUUUAUGAAGCCAAUAAUACUAACAAGGAGUGAUACAACUUACUUGAAGUCAUUAGCUACUACUUAUAUUGUAACUUGCACUAUCUUUUUCCAUUUUGGCCGUAAAGUUUCCAAACAAUAUACAGCUAUUCCAUGCAUAUCAAGAAAUUUGUUUCGGCUGAAAUAUUUACUGAUGUUGAUGGCCUCAGGUAUAGCCUGUGAAUUAUGGUGAUGCUGUUGUGAAAACAUCUGAGUUUUCUGAUUGUGAUUCAUCUUCAUGUGAAAUAUGGUGGUUUUUUUAUUUA